UUUUUUUCACACCCAAAACCUUUCCCUCCGUUUGGAAUUCAAAAUCCUCUGAAAUUUUCCCAUUCCCAAUUGUCUUUCAAUCCCUCCCUAACCAAAAAUGCCUUCCCAAACUCGAAGACAAAAUCAAAACCCUCAGAAGAAACAAUGGUCAUUGCAAGACUUCGAGAUCGGAAAACCCCUCGGCAAAGGCAAAUUCGGCCGCGUUUACCUCGCUCGCGAACUCAAGAGCAAGUACAUUGUGGCAUUGAAGGUGAUAUUCAAGGAGCAGAUAGAGAAGUACAGGUUGCAUCACCAGCUGAGGAGAGAGAUGGAGAUCCAGACCAGUCUUCGCCAUCCCAAUGUCCUCAUGCUUUACGGUUGGUUCCAUGAUGAUGAACGAAUCUACUUGAUUUUGGAGUACGCUCACCGCGGUGAGCUCUAUCGCGAGCUCCGAAAAACAGGUCAUCUUACCGAGAAACAGGCCGCCACUUACAUUGCGAGCCUUGCGCAAGCCUUGGCGUACUGUCACGAGAAGGAUGUGAUUCAUAGGGAUAUCAAGCCAGAGAAUUUGUUACUUGAUCAUGAGGGUCGUCUAAAGAUUGCAGACUUUGGGUGGUCUGUACAAUCCACAAGUAAGAGACACACCAUGUGUGGAACUCUGGAUUAUCUAGCCCCAGAAAUGGUGGAGAACAAAGCGCACGACUAUGCAGUUGAUAAUUGGACUUUAGGUAUCCUGUGUUAUGAGUUUCUAUAUGGUGUCCCUCCAUUCGAGGCUGAGAGCCAAACCGAUACAUUCAGAAGGAUUAUGAAGGUGGACCUCAGCUUCCCUUCCACCCCUCAAGUUUCUGCAGAAGCUAAAGAUCUCAUUAGCCGGCUUCUUGUGAAGGAUUCAUCCAAAAGGCUCUCUCUUCAGAAGAUAAUGGAACACCCUUGGAUAAUGAAGAAUGCUGAUCCAAUGGAUAAGUGCUCUAAAUUGGAUGUUUAGAUCUGGUCUCAAGUCCAUGACUCCAAGGAAUCGGUACAUUUGAAUUCUAAAGUAUAUUGUCGAAAAAAUGUGGUAGAACAUAGAUACUACAGGUAAUUUUGCAGCCUCCAACUCUAAUCAUGUUUUGUACUUUGCACAAUGGCCAAUAUAGAUUAACGGGUUGUGUUGAAUGUAUUUGUGCAAAAUUCCUUUAACUUUAACCUUACCCGUUUAGUUUUUUGUAUUAUAGUCUUAUGUCAUUUUGAGUUAGUGUCUUGCUAAUGUGUAAUGGGUAAAUUUCACUUUAUACUCUCACA